AUGACCAUUAGCAGCAACCAUGUUGUGAAAGUUAAGAGGGAGAAGCUUGAAGCAUGCAUGACAUGCCCUGUAUGCAAUGAGCUGUUCAGAGAAGCCACAACUAUUUCUGAAUGUCUUCAUACAUUUUGCAAGAGGUGCAUAUACGACAAAAUAAUCAAUGAAGAUUGUGAUAGAUGUCCGGUAUGCAAGACAGAUUUAGGGGUUGCUCCAAUGGAAAAGCUCAGGGCUGACAAUAGUCUGGAAGACAUAAGGGCUAAGAUCUUCCCUUCUGAAAGUAAAAAGCUCAAGGCACGAGUAGCAGACCACAAUCUGCAAGUUGUAGACUCUGAGAAGGUAUUGCCUUCCGAAACAAGAAAUGCCAAGACAACUGACGUUGGUUUGCCCUCCAUAUAUUCAUCAGGGAGAAAAAAACAGAGAUUCCUCUCUUCAUUAGGAACAAGCACAACUACAGCUACAACGAGUGGAAAACGGUAUUUUACUAGAAAGAGUUCAGUUCAACAUGAGAGUCAUCUUUUGACUCGAGAAGAACUUGUUCCCAAACAUGAAAAGUUUCCAGAGAGGAUCAAAUCAUCCGAGAACCUUAGAGAAUAUUCAACAUAUGCCAGACAGAAUGCUACUGAGAAGUUGUUUAAGAAAGACGAGGUGAACAAUGACAUCAUGAACAAAGCACAACCAAGAUGGACAACUGGUCUGAUGGAAACUGAAAGAGAAGAUGCAAGAGUGCUAAGAAAGCAAGUGUUCUUAAACCUCAACAAUGAACCAGAAGAGCUUAAUACCUUUCAGGAACAUGGCAAUAAUAAUGAAUCUAUUCCUGCACCAUUAGGUUCACUGCCAAUUGCUAAAGGCCAACGUGGCCACAAGAGAAAAGUAGUACCAGAUCCUGAGGAGUUACAAACUCCAGCACAACAUGUGGUGUUUGACGCAAAUAUAGAAAGUGAACCAAGAUCUAAACCAAUCUGGUUCUCAUUGCAAGCUUAUCCAUGGUGA